AAACGGCAGCGUCGCAGAUCGCGAGCGUACGACCUGACGCACGCACGUGUUGUUUUACGUAUUUGUACCAUGGAUCCUUGUUUAAACUUAGUCCAAUUAGUUGAAAAGUAUCCUUGUAUAUAUAACAAUACAUUGCCUGAUUACUCGAGGAAGGAUGUGGUGGAUAAAGCAUGGGCAGAGAUUGCAGAAUCGAUGGAUUGGCCUGUUACUUCCUGCCAAAGUAAAUGGAAAAACAUGAGGAACGGUUUUGUACGCAGCAUAAAAUUAGCCCCUGACGGUUCAUCAAAAAACCAAAGGAAGAUGUAUUAUUUGCAUAAUGAAAUGCAAUUUCUCGUGCCAUUUGUCAAAGUAUCGGUUUACUCUGAAGAACACGAGAGCAGAUCUCCACAACACACCGAAGAAUUUUAUUCUCCAUUCGAUGACGAAUCUUGCAACGAAGAAAGCAUUUUGUCACCUGCUCCGGUCACUAAAGCGUUCAAAAAGCCGAAAAGAAGAAGAGUUGAACCAGAGAUCGAAUGGUCAAAAGAGAAAGAGUACAACAAAGGCGAUUCCAGGAAAAUGUUUUUAUUCAGCUUAUUACCAGACGUCGAGACUCUUACAGAGAAGCAGAUGCGAGAUUUCCGAAUAAAAGUGCUACUGCUUCUAGAAGAAGUUCAAACAAGCCCAUCUAACAGCACAUUACAAGCACAUCAGCAGAAGUACCAACAGUUAAGAAACACACUAGACUUGCCGCAUUCGACAAUAUCAGCUGUUAAAAACGAGCUAGCGGAAGAAACUUUGACCAACGCGACUUAAUGGCUUUUUCUAGCAAGACAAAUCAAUUUUUAUUCAAUCAGCAUCAACAGACAAUGAAAGUCCAGUCUGCUGGACAUAUGCUUCUUCCAUGGACUUCCAGAUCAUCAGCUCUUCGAGCUAUGUGCCUUCAUUGUCACUUCAGCUUCGUAUUUUAUUUAAUAUCGUCAUUGAAUAAAUAAUACAGGAUAUUUUCAUAAAUCCCGCGGGAACCAUGGAUUUCUCCGGUAUUAAACUAGCCUAUGUGUCAAUCCAGAGUAAAA